UUGACUUUCAAAGAGUCGUCACUCUUCCUAUUCUGUUGAAAACAUUAUAAAACCUUCCCAGAGACUUGAAUUGUCAUAUAAUUAAUAUAUUAGUGAGAUUUGUGUGUUAUUACUUCAUUCUGAAUAAGUAACAUUUGUCCCACUUGUUUUGAAUAUGACAAUAAGCUCAAUGAAGAGAAACUUCUGCUUCUACGUCGUAGCUUUACAGACUUCAGCACGUCUACCAAGGGCUCUGCUCCGGUGAGUGCUCCGACAAAGGCCAACAAAUAUAGUGGACGUAGCAGUUGUUUUAUACGAGGCUACUACAGGUUGGGUUUUGGAUUCCCAGCUUGCAUCAGAGAUCAUAAAAACUGGGGCAAAGAGCGUGUCCACUUUGUGCAAUGAGCUUGGGAUGAAAUAAUUGCAACUGCUACAUUUUUGCAAUUCAGAAUUUAACAAUUCAAAUUGGUAAGACAAUAUUUCUGAAUAGCUGAUUUCAAAGACAUCAUUUUCAAAAUGCCAGAUACAUUGGAAGAUAUUACCCCACAGGACUUUUGGGAUCUUGCCCCAGUACUAUCUGACGAUUCUGAUAACAAUGAAAUAGUAACAGUUCGAAGAGCAGUAAAUGUAAGUUCCACUUUUGAGUCUAAGGAAAGUGUAGAGAAAGAAAAGGAGAGUUUUCCGUACGCAGAUUUCUUGAUAAAUCAAGAUCAUCAGUCAAGUGCUGGUAUGAAAGGCAAAAACCAGUUGAUUCAAGGAUUGAAAGAAGAAGAACAUUCAAAUUUGGGAGUUAAGCAAAAGGAGCAUUCAUGGCCUGAAAUUAAAGAAAAGAAGCAGUCCAACAUUGAGUUGAAGGAUGCCAGCUGUAAAGCAGAUAAAAAGGAAAUGUGGAACCAAGCAGUGAGAAAAAAGAUAAGGUCACACCAUAAGAGGUCUUCGAAGUCUGGAAAGAAACAAAAGCAGGCAGACUGUAAACUAAAUGGGAAACACUCGGGCCAUGAAAAUAAAGAUGGAAAGCCUUCUUGCCAGUUAUUAACAGAAGACUGGCAGUUGGAUCAUCAAAGGAAUGAAAUAUAUCAGACAAGUCAAGGAAUAAAUGACCAUAUGUAUUUUCAUGGUGCAAGAAAUGCCAUGCAUCAACCUAUGGAAAGUAACAUUGAUAAUGGGAACAUAGAAUUGGUAAUUAUUCCGGUCCUAACACCUGGAGGCAAACACGGCCGGGGAAGACACAUGCAUAUACAAUUUCUAUGUUUUUAUAUUUAUAGACCUGUUCCUGACUGGAAGAGAAAAAUAGUCAGCUGGUUGUGUAGAGCUUAUAAUAAGAUUGAUAUUUUACUUUUUUUGGUUUUCUGCUUUGUUAUUGCUUUUUAUAUAAUGUGA